AGCUGAUUUUGAUCCCGUUUAGGAAGCAGUAAUUAAAUUUUUAAUUUUUAACGUUCCCGAAUCACAAUGUCUGUGGAGUGCCGAAUCUGUGACACGGAAAUCGUCCCGAAUUGUGUCUUGAAGAAUCGGUUCUUUUUAGAAAUGUAUCAGGAUGUGAUCUGCAAAUGGGUCAAUCUAACAGGUUCAUCCAAUUUGAAUCUUUGUCAGUCCUGUAUGAUUGAGGUGAUUGGUUUUUACAAAUUUAAGCAGAUUUCUCGGAGGAAUGUUCCAAAAGCGAAUGCGGCCGAUGACGGUGAGCAAGAAGCUACCCCGAAUGUGCUGCAAUCACUGCUUGAUGGGUGUAAGGAAUCGGCCGCGUUGCCCCCGGAAGUACUGCAAUGGGUUGACCCGCAUGUGGAACCGGUUGUCCGCAUCAAGCGAAAAAUCCAACGCAAAACGGCAGAGGAAAAAGCGAUGGCUCCGGAGGAGUACAAAAAGUAUUACUUCCGGAAAAUGUGGGACAAGCACAGACAAGUGUGUACGAUUUGCGGCAAAAAGUUUCCGAGCAAGCAGAUGGAAGGCCACAUGAACAAACACAAAAAACUGGAACCGUACUCCUGCACACACUGUGGUAUGACAUUCCACUGUAAGCUGAAUAUGCGAGGACACAUCCAGAGAAUGCAUAGCGAAGUCCAGAAAACGUUCUCUUGCCAGAUUUGUGAUAGCACGUUCCGGAAAAGUGUCAACCUCCGGAACCACAUGCGGGCGCUCCACUCCGGCGACCGGCGAGACUUUGUGUGCACCAUCUGUGGGAAGGCCUUUGCCUGGAAGAGUGUGCUGAAGGUUCAUCAGAAGACGCACACCCGCGAGGUGGCGUACCGGUGCCACGUUUGCUCGCAAGAGUUCGUUUACCGGCAGUUGUACAAGCUGCACAUGCAUAAGAAGCAUCCGGGUCAGCCAGUGUUGGAUAAGCUUCAAAAAAAGGACACGGAGGAGCUGAGUUGAACUUUGUAUUUUUUUGUAUUAAGGAGCAUGGACAAUCUGCUGCUUUUUAACUGGGCGCUCGAUAACUGUGCCG